AUGGUGAAAUGCUUCGAUGAUAUUAAUGAGGGCGAUAGAAGCGCACUGCAGAAUUUUAAUAUAAACAAGGAUUCACUCAGAUUUGGGAAACUGAAUUUAACGUAUGAUAAUUGGAGAGCAGAUGAAGUGUUGAAAGCCAUUUUACCAGAAGAUAAAGACAGUUUAACAAGUUAUUCAGUAAUAGGACACAUUGUACACGUGAAUCUUCGAGAUCAUUUGUUGGAGUAUAGGAAGGUGAUUGGUCAAGUUUUCCUUGAUAAAAUUAAAGGUGCAAGAACAGUCGUUAAUAAAACAGACAUUAUUGAUAACAUGUAUAGGAACUUCAAUAUGGAAAUUCUGUGUGGGGAAGACUGCAUGUUGGCUCAAGUUCGAGAGAAUCACUGUACCUUUGAGUUUGAUUUCUCGUCUGUGUAUUGGAACCCUCGACUGUGUACAGAACACGAGAGAAUAGCAAAGAAAAUUAAGCAAGGGGAUGUGCUGUAUGAUGUCUUUGCAGGGGUAGGUCCUUUUGCAAUACCAGCUGCUAAAAAGAAGUGUAUUGUCUUAGCAAAUGACUUAAAUCCAGAAUCACAUAAGUGGUUGGAACACAAUGCAAAACUAAAUAAAGUAAAUGCACUAAUACAUACUUUUAAUAAAGAUGGUGAAGUUUUCAUUAAAGAAGAUGUGAGAAGUGAUAUGUUACAGAGAUGGCAGAAUGUGGACUUCAGAAAUAACACUAUGCAUAUCACAAUGAACCUACCUGCUAUGGCAGUUACAUUCCUGAAAGUUUUCAAUGGCCUCUUUACUCCAGAAGAAUUAGAAUCAUUAGAAAUAAAAAUAUUUCCAGUUGUCUAUGUAUACUGUUUUGCAAAGGGUGAUAAUCCAGUGACUGUGGCAAAAAAAAUGGUAGAAGAAAAUUUGUGUGUAGAGCUGAGAGAAGACAUGAUAGAUGUCUUUCAUGUUCGAAAUGUUUCUGUGAAAAAGGAAAUGAUGCGUGUUGCAUUUCAGCUAUCAAAAAGCAUUCUUACUGGUGAAUGCAGUAGGCAUUGUGAGAAGCAGAUAACAGAUGGGAAAGCAGAAGAAAGGCAACAAGCAGGUGAAGAACAUCUUUAA